ACGGAAACCAGCUGAGAGAAAGGGUAGAGAAGACAAGAUGGCGGAGUGAGUGGGUUAUACUGUGUACGGACGGUUGCGACCCUUGAAGUUUGUCGAAACGCUGUUAAGGACUGAGAAAAUUGAAAAGACAACGAUACCAUCGGAAGUGUAAUUAAAAAGGCGUUUUCCCUUCAGAGCGGAGGAGGCCGGGACAUUUUUUUCCGUGGUGGUUCUUGCGAUAACGUUAGCUUGAUGCUAACGUUAGCUAACGUUAGAUUUGACUAGCUGCUACUUAGAGGUGGCUGUUACUGGGUGAUUGUUGAAGGCCGUAAGCUUUUUCGGAUUGAGGUUUGGAUGUAUAUACUUUGAUACUGACACGGUAUUCCGUGUUUUUUGGAGGAGGUCUAAUUAUAAGGAAGAUCUUUAGUAGCUGGUAGCCUGUGAAUAAAGCGAACAACGCCAGGAGAAAUCUAUUUUCCAACUUGCUUGUUACGUUAGCGAACGUUAAGGUUAUUUGUAAGAUUGUGUGGCGUAAUAGCUAACGCUAGUCCAUAAUUACCCUCAUCAAAACCAUCUGGUUUGGGACUCUGUAUGUUAUCCUGGCAAUUGGGCUAGACUGCCACACAGAAUUUCCUAAAGUGAAUUGGGUGGAGAUUGUCAUUUGGUGGAUAUUAUGGCGAGCAGCAGCGGCUCAAAAGCCGAAUUCAUAGUCGGUGGAAAAUACAAGCUUGUCAGAAAAAUUGGAUCGGGAUCUUUCGGCGACAUAUACCUGGCCAUCAACAUCACAAAUGGAGAGGAGGUAGCAGUCAAAUUGGAGUCACAAAAAGCCAGGCAUCCACAGUUGUUAUACGAAAGCAAGCUGUACAAAAUCCUACAAGGUGGUGUCGGGAUUCCACACAUAAGAUGGUAUGGCCAGGAGAAGGACUACAAUGUCCUAGUCAUGGACCUGCUUGGGCCCAGUCUGGAGGACCUAUUCAACUUCUGCUCUCGUCGCUUCACCAUGAAGACGGUCCUUAUGCUUGCAGACCAGAUGAUCAGCAGAAUUGAGUAUGUACACACAAAGAACUUCAUCCACAGAGAUAUCAAACCAGACAACUUUCUCAUGGGCAUCGGCCGUCACUGUAACAAGUGUUUAGACUCGUCAGUGGGGAAGAGGAAAAGAAGCUUGGCUGUUAGCUCUUCUCAGGACCCAUCUUUCUCAGGAUUAAACCAGUUGUUCCUUAUUGACUUUGGUUUGGCGAAGAAGUACCGAGACAACCGAACACGACAGCACAUCCCCUACAGAGAAGACAAGAACCUGACUGGCACAGCACGCUAUGCCUCCAUCAAUGCACACCUGGGCAUUGAACAGAGUCGCCGUGAUGACAUGGAGUCACUAGGUUAUGUGCUGAUGUACUUCAACAGAACCAGUCUGCCAUGGCAGGGAUUAAAGGCUGCCACAAAGAAGCAAAAGUAUGAGAAGAUCUCAGAGAAGAAGAUGUCCACCCCUGUUGAGGUCCUCUGUAAGGGUUUUCCAGCAGAGUUUGCCAUGUAUCUGAACUACUGCCGUGGCUUGCGCUUUGAGGAGGCUCCAGACUACAUGUACCUGCGCCAACUGUUCCGCAUCCUCUUCAGGACUCUGAACCACCAGUAUGACUACACAUUUGACUGGACCAUGCUGAAACAGAAAGCAGCCCAGCAGGGGGCGUCCUCCGGGGGCCAGGGCCAGCAGGCACAAACCCCCACAGGCAAGCAAACUGACAAACCCAAGCCUAACAUGAAAGGUUUCUGAGUGGUCUCUGCCUGAGCAGACCUGCAGAAGCGUUGGUGACCAGGACCAACAAGUCUCUCUUCCUGGACAAGCGACAAACAGAAAGUCUGUGUCUCUCCUUCCAUAAUAACUAUCUAUGUAAUGGUAAUGUAUAGAUUUACACACGCCUUUGUCUGCUGUGUUAUCUAUAUAUUCAUGUGUAUAUAUAAUAAAACUCUCCACUCCAAAAGAAAAGAAGAAUGAAAAAGCAGGUUUUUUGGAUGUGGAGGCUGUAGCCCCUGCCCCCAACCCUGACACACACACACACACACGCACACACACACACACUCUCUCACACACACACACACACACACACACACACACUCUCACACACACCCUCAUCCAUCCAUCCCUGUCUCUGUCCUCCUUUUCAGUGUUGACUUUUUGUAAGGUUUCUUUGGAAACUGAAGUUAUGAUGAUAGUCAGCUGACCCUCUGUUUUUCUCUCCCAGUGGAAACCUCUCAAAACAUCUCUUCCCCCCUUCACUCCUUAAUUAUUUCACUCCCUCCUUUUAUCAAGCAAAUGUUAAAAACAUGUAAACCUGAGAACUGUUUCCCUUUUUUUUCUGAAAAAAUUGAAUGAUGCAAACCUGGAUGUUAUUUACUAAAAAAAAUCAAAAAUGUUGGAUUUCUUUUUUUCUUUUUUUGUUUUCCUAUGGUGAUUAGGAGUUUGCCUGUUGACAAUAUAAGCAGCCGAUGGCAACAGUCAAUGGUAGAAUGAUACUGUGGCUCUCUCCCUCUCUUUAGAGCUCUGAAUUAUUAUUAUUAAAUCUGUUGUAAAACCUAUGGUCUUCUCCAGAAAUACCAAUAAAAACAUUACAUAACUCAGA